AUGUUGUUAGGCUUAUGCGGAGCCAUAUGUUCUGGGAAGCAUGCUGUCGCAGAUUAUCUGAUACAGAAGGAGGGCUUUCGACUUCUCAAAUUGAAAGAUGUUAGCUCCCUUCGAGUAACUGAUGAAGCCGACGGCGAUCGCCAAUUACAGGCAGUGGAGUUUGCAGAGGAUGAAAGUAGUCCGCCACCGCACCUUAUAUUUGAGGACUCUAAAGCCCUCUUAGACUUCGUAACCAAACGAUGGCAAGAACAUUGGGUUACAACAGACAUCUGGGAUGUCACUAUUUUAGACCGUUUCUUUCAACGCCCCUUCUUCCUUCUAGUUAGCGUUGAUGCGCCGGUAAGCUUGAGAUGGAAGCGAUUUGUGGACAGAUGCCGGGAUAGACUGGUCGAACCACCGCCUUUGGAGAAAUUUGUAUUAUGGAAUGACAGACAUCUCUACGACAAAAAUGUUGGACGCGCAUACCUCACUGAUCGGGCACAAGUACGGCUGUUCAAUUCCUCUUCUUCAUUUGAUGAACUGCAUGCGGCUCUCAAAGCCCUCAAUCUUGCCGACGAGGAGCGGUUACGGCCUAAUUGGGAUCAGUAUUUCAUGGAGCUGGCAUCUUUAGCCGCUCAGCGAAGUAACUGCAUGAAGCGAAGGGUGGGCUGCGUGCUUGUCCGUGAUCGUCGUGUCAUAAGCACAGGGUAUAAUGGAACCCCCAGGCACAUUAGAAAUUGCAAUGAGGGCGGCUGUCCAAGGUGCAACCGUGGUGAGGGUGGAGGUGUGGGUUUAUCAACAUGCCUCUGCCUCCAUGCCGAAGAGAAUGCGUUGCUGGAGGCCGGAAGAGAGCGCAUACGAGAGGGCGCAAUACUCUAUUGUGACACGUGCCCUUGCUUGACAUGUACCGUCAAAAUUACACAAGUCGGGAUAACAGAAGUCGUAUACUCGCAAGGGUAUAAUAUGGAUAACGAUAGCGCUGCUAUUCUAAAAGCGGCCGGGGUAAAACUUAGGCAAUUCUCUCCGCCUCGAAAGGGGCUCAUUUAUCUUGAGAGCUCUGGGGGUACUAACUAG